UUUUAUUGCAGCUGCAUGUUUUGAGGGAGAGGAGUGCGUGAUGGAGGCUGUUCACACCGAUGGCAUUUGGAUGGCAGAGAGUCUCCAGCAGAUGACGAGCAGUUACGAGAAAUUCUGGCUAGUUGUGACUCACAUUGGAGACCCUAAAGCUGCUUUCCUGCUGGUGUUUCCCUUCACUUAUUUCAUCAGCAGACCAGCUGGAGUGACUGUUGUUUGGGCGGCAGCCAUAUCAGAGUGGUUUAACCUCGUGUUUAAAUGGAUGCUGUUUGGAGAAAGGCCGUUCUGGUGGAUCGGCGAAUCAGGUCUCUUUGUCAACAAGCAACCCAACGUCCGCCAGUUUUCCUCCACCUGUGAAACCGGGCCAGGCAGUCCGUCGGGACAUGCGAUGGUGACUGCGGCAGUCUGGUGGGUUGUGGUAUCCUCCCUGGGGUCAUAUCUGUACUCCCGCACUCGAAGUAUGCUGUUAUCUGCAGCUCCUUUCCUGCUGUAUGUGGUGAUGCUGGUGGCAGUGGGAAUCUCCAGGAUCUUCAUCCUCGCCCACUUCCCUCAUCAGGUCAUUGCUGGCUCCAUUACAGGGUUCAUUUUGGGGGUUAUUCUGAGCCGCACAGCACCUGUAGGUCGCCCCCUGCUGUUCUUCUUCAGCUUCAGCAUCGGUCUGCUGCUCAGUGCUCUGAUGCUGCACGCUGGACUGCAGCAGCUGGGAAUCGACCUCUCCUGGUCUAUUCAUUUGGCUAAGAAAUGGUGCAGCCGUGGAGAGUGGAUUCGGUUGGAUCAGGCGCCUUUCUCCUCUCUGACUCGAGACUGUGGAGCCCUUCUGGGUUUGGGACUGGCCCAGUACUGGAAGCCUGGCGGAUGGUCUCUGCCCUGGGCGCCACGGGCUUUGUCUCUGGCCAUUUCAUCCAUGGGACUGUACCACGUGAAUCGUCUGCCACUGCCGGUACGACCACAAGGACUCUUCUAUGGCCUGGUCUUUGUCAAAUUUGUCAUAGUGCCUCAGAUUGUAAUUGUGCUCGUGCCUGGACUGGUUCACCUGUUCACAAACAAAAAGAAGAAGGACUAGAGACAGUUUCGUUCUAUGUUACAGGUGUCUAACACGUCGUCAAGGAUGACAGCUUCCGUCUGAGUCUAUGUAAACACUUGCAAUGUCUAUUCAAUAUAUUUCAUGGCUUUUCUUUUAAGUAUACACUAUAUGACGGUUAUUCCAAGAUGAUUUUUCUUCUUCUCAACAAGAAAGAUUAACAAAUGGUUAAAUGGUCCACAGUCUGUGAUUUUUUUGUCUUUUUUUCAGAAUCAUGCAUCAAGCCUACACAUGUCAAUAGGACUUUUUGAUGUGCAUGAACUUUGUAGGAAUUGUCACCCUGGGAAAGGUUCAAAUGUAAAAACAUAAAAUAAUACUGUAUAAAAUUCAAGUUUAAAAACUGGAUGGAUAUUUUAUAGAAAAAUAGCGCCAUCUUUUGGUCAAACUGGUGUUCAUAGUUGGGUUAAAUGGUCAACAGACGUAUGAUGAUGUACAUCACAUGAACACUUAAUAUAAUGCAAUCCAAUGCAACACAUCAGUAUCAGCUUCACAGAUGUGGUAUUUUGCAAAGCAGUUGUAUUGUAUUGCAUCAUACUGUUACUAUGUCGACACAGUGGAGUUGUUAUAUGUUUUUUGGACCAGAAUGAAUAAAUAAAA